AUGAAUUUUCCAGAAUUGCGCGGCGUUAUUUCUCCUGCUAUAGUCGAACAUUCUGGAACUUUACACGUUGAACAGGAUGAGGGAAUUGUCAUGCUGUGCAUUGCUCAAAGUUGCCCGUCUCCCGAUUACAGAUGGUUUACGUUUUCUGGAGCCGAACCCGUUUUAAUUAUUCCGGGACCUAAAACACAUUUAUUAGGACCAAUAUUAGCACUCGAAGCUGUAACACAAGAAGAUUCUGGAAUUUAUAGAUGUUCGGCAUCGAACGUGGGAGGAGAAGCAAGCGCCGAAUUACGUCUCGUCGUCGUUACUUCCUUACACGUCGAAGUGUCACCAUCGGUUUUAAGCGUACAUAUUGGCGGCACUGCCGAAUUUAAAUGUAACGGACAGUAUAACAGACCUUAUAUGAUAUCGUGGUUUAAAGAUGGCAUGCCGUUACCAGGUACGGGUAGGCACAACAGCGAUCAUUUCGUAUUGAGAGGUGUUACGAGAGACGAUAGAGGAAUGUAUCAGUGCAUUGUAAGAAGAUCAGAAGGAGAUACGGCGCAAUCAUCUGGAGAAUUACAAUUAGGAGAUACUCCACCGUCACUUUUAUACAGUUUCAUUGAACAAACGCUACAACCGGGUCCCCCAGUUUCAUUAAAAUGCAGCGCUGCUGGAAAUCCAACGCCGCAAAUAAUUUGGACUUUAGAUGGUUUUCCACUACCUAAUAACGGAAGGUUUGUGAUUGGACAAUAUAUGACCGUACACGGUGACGUAAUAAGUCACGUGAACAUAAGUCAGGUAGCUGUUGAAGACGGUGGAGAAUAUACGUGCGUUGCGGAAAAUCGUGCGGGAAAAGUUUCGCAUUCCGCGAGACUAAACGUUUACGGACUUCCGUACAUAAGAUUAAUUCCAAAAAUUACAGCAAUUGCUGGAGAAACAUUGAGACUGAAAUGUCCCGUUGCUGGAUUUCCAAUCGAAGAAAUUCAUUGGGAACGAGGUGGAAAAUUAUUACCUGUCGAAAUACGUCAAAACGUCGAAUCGGACGGUACUCUCGUUAUAAUGUCGGUACAAAAAGAAACAGACGUCGGUGUUUAUUCCUGUUGGGCUAAAAACAAACAAGGAAAAAGUGCAAGAAGAAGCGCGGAAGUUGCUGUCAUAGUUCCCCCUAUAAUUGAGCCCUUUUCCUUCCAAGACGGGCUUUCUGAGGGCAUGCGCACUCGCACGGUGUGUGGAGUCAGUCAAGGGGAUCCCCCUCUGACCAUCACUUGGCUAAAAGAUGGCGGGAGUCUUCCUCCGCAUCUCGGAGCAAACUAUACUACUCUUGAUGCUUAUUCUAGCCUCCUCAGCAUUCCUAGCCUCACCUCCUUACAUUCUGGUGAUUAUACUUGCGUUGCCUCGAAUCCGGUGGCCGAACUCAGGUACACGGCCAAGCUACUGGUCAAAGUUCCGCCGAGGUGGACUAUAGAACCCAACAGCGAAAUAAGCGUUGAAAGAAAUCGUCACGUGAUGUUACACUGUCAAGCGGAAGGAGUACCAAAACCGAACAUCGUUUGGAAAAAAGCAACAUCCGGUGGUAAAAGUGGCGAAUACGAAGAAGUGAGGGAAAGAAUACACACGAAAAUAUUUUCAAACGGUUCCCUCCUUUUACAAAACAUAAAAGAAGAUAAAGAAGGUCUUUACAUGUGUCAAGCAAAUAACGGAAUCGGAAAUCCGAUAGGAAAAAUGGUUCAGUUAAAAGUUAAUUCAUCUCCAUAUUUUUCAACUCCUUCGAAACAAGUCACGGUGAAAAAGGGUGAUGUUGCAGUUUUACAAUGCGAUGUCAAAGGUGAUAAACCUAUAACGAUAUCGUGGUUAAAAAAUGGAAAUGUUAAAUUGACUCCUCAAAAUAAUUACAGAAUUUCCGUCAAACAAGAUCUUUUACCGGAAGGAGUGAUGGCCGAAAUACGUAUAACAGGUUCGGAUUCAAGCGAUAGCGGUGCUUAUUUUUGUCAAGCUAGUAACGUUUACGGAAGAGAACAACAAAUGGUUCAGUUGUUUGUUCAAGAACCACCUCAAAGUCCGUCGGAAUUAGAAAUCGUUUCGAUAAAUAGUAGAUCGGUUAAUCUUCAGUGGAAAAGACCAUCCGAUGGCAAUGCGGAAAUCAGUAAAUACAUAAUACAAUUCAAGGAAGACGAUGUCACGACGACAUGGCAAAACGUCGAAGUUGGAAUAAUACCGUCGGCGAUAAUCGAAGAUCUUAAACCGGAUACUAAAUAUUUGGUCAGAGUCAUAGCAGAAGGUACUGCAGGACGUAGUAUACCUAGCGAACCGUUGCUAAUAAAAACGGAACCACAAAGACCCGCAGGGGCGCCUCUUCACAUAAACGUAAGACCCAUGUCAUCGACGGAAAUAUUAGUGUCGUGGUCUCCUCCACUUUUUGAACUGAGACACGGUAAAAUAUUAGGUUAUAAUGUUGGAAUAAAAGAAGCCAGCUCCGCAUCGGCAACUUAUUCUUUUACCAACAUAAAUGGUGAUGGUGAAGAAGGUGGAGAACUUUUAUUAACGGGUUUAUCAAAAUUUACAAGAUAUUCGAUUGUCAUUCGAGCUUUUAAUGAAAUUGGUUCGGGACCACUUUCGGAACCGAUUUUAACUCAAACAUUGGAAGAUGUACCCAGCAUGGCACCCGAAGACGUGCGUUGUUCUGUGCUGAGUCCGCAAUCUUUACAAUUAAGUUGGUUACCACCAGCUCCAGCUCAUUCCAAUGGUAUUCUUCAGGGUUAUAAAGUUCAUAUCGAACCACUUCACGAUGACGUAAUAUACGAUAAUGAUGAAUUCGAACCAAGAAAAACAACUUCACUUACAAUGGUUAUUUCCGGUUUGAAAAAAUUCACUAAUUAUAGUAUACAAUUGUUGGCAUAUACUCGCGUCGGUGAUGGAAUAUUAUCGAAACCGACGUAUUGUCAAACGGAAGAAGAUGUUCCAGGACCGCCAUCGGAUAUAAAAGUCGUAGUCAAAUCAUCGGAUUCACUUUUAGUUUCAUGGCUUCCUCCUAAAGAACCAAAUGGUAUCAUCACAAAGUACAAUUUAUACAUGAGAACCGAUAAUCCGACAGCAGCCGAAUUACACAAAAACAAACAUUACGUACCGACUCAACACACCCUAUACGAAGUUAAAAAUCUUCGUACUCAAGUCGAAUAUCAAUUUUACGUGACGGCAUCGACGAAAAUCGGUGAAGGACAAAGUUCCAGACUAGUGACGCAACUUCCGAACAACAGAGUUCCAGCUAGGAUAGCGUCUUUCGGCGGCCCAGUUGUAUUCCCGCGAAAAUCAUCUGCGACUUUAUCCUGCGAUGCCGUCGGUCAACCCGAACCUAAAAUGGAAUGGUUUAAAAACGAUCAACUCCUAAAAUUCGAAUCCAGUAAAGAUUAUCAAAUUUUAGAUUCUGGAGAAAUAAUAUUAACGAAUCUUCAACCGGAAGAUACUGGAAAUUACACUUGUCGUAUAGACAAUCUACAAAGUUCGGAUCGCAUAACUUAUUACUUGGUAGUUCAAGUGCCCCCAUCACCUCCGGUGCUUUACGUAACUAGCGCAACAAGUAGUUCGAUACUUUUUCACUGGAAAGCUGGUUCUUCCGGUGGAGCAAUCAUAACAAGUUUUUUACUUUACUAUAGCAGAGAUCAUUCAGAUCCCGAAGAAGUUAUUCUUUCUAGAAGAAUCACUUCGUAUGAAUUAAAAAAUUUAUCCUGCGGCAGCACAUAUCAUUUAUUUUUGAUUGCUCAAAACAAAAUUGGAAAAUCGCCACAAUCUUCGACGUUAUCGGUCAGAACUCAGGGUGAACCGCCAGGGGUACCACAAGGUACGGCGUUGAUACAACCAAAUUCAACAUCAGUUCUUUUAAGACUUCACGUUUGGCCUGAUAGCGGUUGUCCGUUGUUGUAUUUCGUCAUCCAGUACAGAUCAAAUACGGAUACUUUAUGGAUAUUAGUAACGAGUUCAUUAAAACCGCAAAAAAGGUUUACCAUAUCCGGUUUAAAACCACUGACCGUAUAUCAGCUCAAAAUAGAAGCUCAUAACAUAGCAGGUUCUUCGAUGGCCGAAUUUACUUUUAUAACGUUGACCAAAGAUGGAGAUCCUCCACCACCGGAAUUGGUUACAAGAACUCAUCCGAAUCAUUCUUUAUUGAACGAUUUCCGUUUUUUAGUUCCGUUAUUUUUAGCAUUUGCCGCACUAUUGGCCGCACUCGUCGCGACAGUUUUCUGCUGGAGAAACAACCAAGGAAGGCCUUUGAAAGAAUCUUUGGAUAAUCAACAUAAUUCGGAAGCACAAAGGGAAAGAUAUUAUGCUACCAUUCAUAAAGUUCCUCUACAAAUAAGCAACGAAAAAAUUCCAGAAACUUCCGAAGAUAUAUCACCGUACGCAACGUUUCAAUUGUCUGAAACGGGUGCACCGACCACAGCCAUGCUUCAUAGUUUCAUGUAUCACGAACAAGCUUUAACCGAAGGGUGUAAUUCACCGCCGCCACCACCGCCCCUGGGAAUAAAAAUGUCGGAACGAAGAAGGAGCAGGAGUAGGAGUAGAAAACGUGAAGCUGAUAGCGAUGGUUCAGAUUCUGAUAACGACCAAUUAACUUCCAGCAGAACUGAAUCAUCUAAUCAAUUAGAUACUUCAAGGUUAAAACAAAGUUAUCUUUAUCACGGACCUCAUUCAAGUACAUCUUCGGACAUAUCACUAAUGUCAGAAGUUAAAUCUCUUCCGAGAAGAGGACGCAAUAGCAAAACCUCUCUUCGCUCACUGAUACUUCCCCCAAUUUCAACCGCCGAAACGAGUUUCAACGGCCUUCCUCCAGACUCUCUGAUGCAUCCACCGGACAGGCACGAUAUCAGAGAAACAGAAUGCGACAUAGACACUAUGAAAAAAGUCAAAAUGGGACUGAGAUCAUCGCUUUGGUCUCGCCCUUCAGGCCUUACUAAGCCUACGACGGAUUAUUCCAUUGCCGUUUAA